UACAAUAUUCGUAAUUGUAUUUAGAAUUAUGAUUAUAUUCUAAUUACGGAUGAGGGACAAAUGAAUGAUGGACGCUUAAGUUCAUUGUAUUAUGAUUAAGCAUGAUCCGGGCUCUCAAAUGUAAGGAAUUUUUAUUCAACCGACGCGUUUUCUCGCACGCAAUGUACGUGACUCAUGAAAAACAACGGGCCUCAUUUACUGUGGGUGUAAGCCGAGGCAGAACAAGCGAUGCACAUUAAUAAAUAUCGCGAAAAUUCCGGGGAUAAAAAAGGAUAAAACAAAAUCAAAAGUUGGAAAAAAAAAAAAAAGUAAAGAAAAUAGCAAAAUGACACCUUUUGCUAGGCUAUAAAACCCAAGAGAUUUUUUUGAGAGUCCAAGUCCCAACCAAACGCCUCCAUACCAAUCUCUCCAGUCUCUUCCCUCACUACUACACACAGUAAUCAAAGAAAUAGAGAUCCGAAGAGACCAAGGCAUACAAGUGCCUUGGUUUUUUCUUCUCUUUAAUUGUGCUACAUUGUCAAAUAAAUUCUCGAACCAUGGCUGCCCUUCCAGAAUCUUUGUUGGCCGAUCAAUCGUCAUUACCGGGAGACCAAGCUGGUCAGCCUACAUCCCGGCCGCCCCAACCCGGUGACGGCGACCAGUCCAGAAGGGUUCCUGUGGAGCAGUUGAUUCUAGAGCUUAACGAUGAUCGUACCCGAGAAAAUGCCCUACAACGCCUCUCUAAGAUUAGGGAAAUUCGUGAAGACUUGGCUCCAUUACUGUGGCACUCAUUUGGUACUACAUUUACGCUGUUGAAGGAAAUAAUUGCAGUGUACCGCUUACUUUCAACCCCAAAUCUUACUCAGGAAUCAUCAAAUCGGGCAUGCAAUACUCUCUCUCUCUUUCAGUGCAUAGCUGCUCAUCCUGAGACAAGAGAACCAUUCCUCCGGGCUAUUGUGCCGUUCUAUAUUUACCCUUUCCUCAACACGACGGAAAAGGACAAGCCUCAUGAAUACUUAAGGCUGUCGAGCUUAGGCGUUAUUGGUGCCCUUGUCAAGGCAUGUACAUAUGGAAUCAUGGAUUACAUUUGA